UUAUACGUUAUUCGAAAAAGAUGGCUAACACGUUAUCUAAUGUACCUGUGUCAAAAAUUAUAAAGAAUACAAGUAAUUUCGAAGAUGAGCCAAGGAAAAAAAGUAGAGAGGAUUGGCGAAAAGCAAAGGAAUUAGAAGAAGCAAGAAAAGCUGGUACAGCACCAGCUGCAGUAGAUGAAGAAGGAAAAGAUAUUAAUCCACACAUUCCACAGUAUAUUAGUGCUACACCGUGGUAUUUUGGAGCACAGGGUCCUACUUUAAAACAUCAAAGACCACAACCAGAGAAACAGAAGAAAUUUAGUGGAAUAGAUGAAUGGUACAAUCGAGGUGUAGAUUCUUCUAAACUAAUAACCAAAUUCCGCAAAGGAGCCUGUGAAAACUGUGGUGCUAUGACUCAUAAAAGAAAGGAAUGUAUGGAACGUCCACGUAAAAUUGGAGCAAAAUAUACAAAUGCAAAUAUUGCACCAGAUGAGUUUGGGCAGCCUGAAUUAUCUAUGGAUUACGAUGGUAAAAGAGAUAGGUGGGCUGGUUAUGAUCCCUCAGAGCAUAGAGCCAUUGUUGAAGAAUACCAAAAAAUUGAAGAAGCGAAAAGACAAAUGCGUGCAGAGAAGCUAAAUGCAGAAGAAACUGAUGAACAAGAUUCAGAUAAAGACGAAGAUAAAUAUGUAGACGAAGUUGAUAUGCCAGGAACGAAAGUAGAUUCUAAACAACGUAUUACUGUUAGAAAUCUGAGAAUUAGAGAAGAUACAGCAAAAUAUCUUCGAAAUUUGGAUCCAAAUUCGGCGUACUAUGAUCCUAAAACAAGAUCUAUGCGCGAUAAUCCUUAUGCUGGCACAGAAAGAGAAGUGGAUUAUAAGGGCGAAAACUUCGUACGUUUCUCUGGAGAUACACAAUGUCAUGCUAACGCUCAGUUAUUCGCAUGGGAAGCCCAUGAGAGGGGUGUCGAUGUCCACCUACUUGCUGAACCUACGAAAUUGGAAUUACUCAAACAGGAGUAUGAUAAAAAACGCGACGAACUAAAAGACAAAGCUCGAGACUCUAUAAUCAGUACAUAUGGUGGUGAAGAGCAUCUUGAUACUCUACCACCUUCUCUUUUAUUAGCACAAACGGAACAAUACGUAGAAUAUUCUAGAUAUGGAAAAAUCAUCAAAGGACAGGAUAGACAAGUGAUUCGUUCCAAAUAUGAAGAAGAUGUCUAUCCGAAUAAUCAUACGUCUGUGUGGGGUUCUUACUGGCAUGCUGGUAAAUGGGGAUACAAAUGUUGCCAUUCGUUCAUUAAGAAUUCCUAUUGCACAGGAGAAGCCGGCAAAAGGGCAUUUGAUGCCAAAGUUAUGGAAAACAAAAGAACAAUGGAAGAAGAAAAUUCCAAUGAUGAAAAGGAAGAUACACCCAAUGAAAAAUCAUCGAGUAGUGAUAGCUCAUCUGAUGAAGAAGAAAAAAAAUCGAAAACAAUCAAGAAAUCCAAAUCCUCUAAGAAAAAAGAUAAAAAGCGCAAACAGAAGGAACGAAAACAGAAAGAAAAGAAGGCGAAGAAGGAAGAAGGAGACAAGUUGCACCAAGCACUGCAAAGAGAAAAGGAUAAUAAAAAAAGAGCAGAGAAACUGUUGGAGAUGGAUGAAAGGAAGCGUCCAUAUAAUAGCAUGUAUGAAAUACAAGAACCAACAGCAGAAGAAAUAGAAGCAUUCCAAAUGAAGCGACAACGCGAGGAUGAUCCUAUGGCAGAGUUUCUUAACAAAUGAAUAAUAAAAACAAAUUUUUAAUCUAAUUCUAAGUCUACUUUGUAUUAUAAUUGUACAUAUCAAUUAAAUCAUGCUUUAAGUUA